GUCAUUAUUAAAGUCAUCACCCCUCGUCUCUUCUUCUUCUCUUUCUUUCUCCCGCAGAAUCUCGCCAUUGCCCUUACGUCUUCCCUCCUCGUCGCCGCCGAUCUCUCCCUCUCCUCCUCUCUCUCUCUCUCUAGAUUCCCAGGGGCGUUCGGCUGUUCAUCUCUCUAGGUUCCCAGAUCAGGUGAUUCCCGAUGGCGUCCAAGAGGAUCUUGAAGGAGCUCAAGGAUUUGCAGAAGGAUCCCCCCACGUCCUGCAGCGCCGGCCCUGUUGCAGAAGACAUGUUUCACUGGCAAGCAACCAUUAUGGGUCCCCCAGAUAGCCCCUAUGCAGGGGGUGUCUUUCUUGUAACUAUACAUUUUCCUCCAGAUUAUCCAUUCAAGCCUCCGAAGGUGGCAUUCAGAACCAAGGUUUUCCAUCCCAAUAUUAACAGCAACGGGAGCAUUUGUCUCGAUAUUUUGAAGGAACAGUGGAGUCCUGCCUUGACCAUUUCCAAGGUGUUGCUUUCGAUCUGUUCUCUUUUGACGGAUCCGAACCCAGAUGAUCCUUUGGUGCCGGAGAUCGCUCACAUGUACAAGACGGACAGGAACAAGUAUGAGACAACUGCAAGAAGCUGGACCCAGAAGUAUGCCAUGGGCUAAAUUAAAAGCGAUCAUUAUUCGUGGAGGGCAAAGCUCCCCUCUUUCUCUUCAUUCUUGUCUAAGGAUGUAACAUUCGAAUGAUUGCUUAAAUUGGAACUUAAGAACGAGUUCAUAGCAUUUCCCCAGUUGAAAGAAGAAACUCCUAUCUUAAUGUUAUAUUGUUUCUGCGAAGGGUGGUCCGCUGGACCAUCGAAUAUGUCGAAAGCUUUCACCACUUCUUU